AUGCCAUGGAUCGGCCUAGGUACCAAUAGCGACCGAGCAGUUAAUUCCCUGACUCUUGUGUCAUGUGUCUUGGUCAUUGCCAUUGCAAUUCUCACCUAUCUGAAGUACCAACGUAUCCAGGAGGUACGAAGGGAGACUGGACAGACACCUGAGGUCUUUGGUGAGUUCUCCCCAGUUGAUGUCAGACUACGUGGCUACGAGCUCAACAAUAAAACUUCUAUUAGUGGUUCAACGAUAGCGCCCUUGUUCCGAAUCUCACUGGCAGGAAAGGAAGUAACAGUUGUCACCCCUGAAUUGGACCGAGGUCUCGGUAGAAUCAAGAAUCUCGGUUUACAUCCACUGGCCCUUAUCGUAUUCAAGACCAGCUUGGGGCUUGGCAAGUUCGUCCAGAGAUUGCUCAAGGAGGAGGACGAGUUGAGCCGGCAGUUUCAUCCUGAAGGGACCCGCCUCUUCCAUGAAGAAUUCAUUGGAGGCGAAAAGCUUGCGUGUUAUGUCAAGAAGAUUGACGGAUACAUCCGCAGAGAUUUAUCCAGAAUACCUGAUGGUGGCCAAGUUCAAAUCGAGGACUGGAUCUUCCGAUGCCUCUUCGGUGCCCUUGGCAAGUCUAUCUGGGGAGAAGAGGGGCCGUUCAAGGAACCCGCAUUCCUAGGUCAUCUCCGUACUCUCUUACUCAACCUAUGGGCGUUAAACAACCCCAUUGGGUUCCUAGUUCCACGGAAACUGCGGGAGUCUCGACAGUUUGUACGAGAUCGACUGGACGGCUGCGGCGCCGAAGCCUACGCGAGGCGUUCCUCAGGGCAAGAUACCACGGACCUCACCGGCUCUAGUCUCCUCAAUGGUGUUCAGAACCUAUGCAUAAAGGCCGGGGCGCCGCUUGACGGAUGGACGGACUACCAGUUGUCGCUAAUAGCCGGGCUCGGUCCAAACAUAACUGCAGCCGCAGCAUGGUUGAUCCAUCACAUUCUGUCCGAUACGAACCGGCUAUCACAGAUCAAGGCUGAGAUCCAAAACUAUAUCAGAACGUCGAAUGGUGUGGUCUACGUCUGUGAAGUGAAAGAUAAGUGUCCCCUCCUCCAGGCGACCUGGUACGAAGUCCUUCGCUACCACGGUGAUUUCACACUUGGUCGGUACAUCCUCAGAAGGAGCUCGUAUGUGCUUGUGCCCUUGGCGCCUUAUCACCACGAUGCUGGCACCUGGGGUGAGGAUGCCAAUGAGUUUGCUCCAGAGAGGUUUCUGAAAGAUGGCCGCAUCGACGAAAGUCGAAAGCAGGGACUGCGUAUCUAUGGCGUCUUCGAAACGCGGUGUCCCGGGAGGUUCCUUGCAGCACACAUGGCCAUGAUGUUGACGAUCCGGAUGCUUACGGAAUUCGAGAUCCAACCGAAAAUGGAGAAAUACGAGGUCCCGGACGCUGUUAGAGAUAAUUUGACGGGAAUGGCACCCCCGGCACAUGAUAUCGAGGUGGCAAUGUACAGGUGUGACGAUAGGGUGAACGGCCUUGAGAUUAGAUACCAGCGGCCGAAAGUAAAAGAUGAUGGGGGAAAGCCCCGUUGCCAGUAG